AUGACUGUCACUACCACCUCGACUACCACCUCCGCUUCGGCAACCUCCAGCUGCCACGCGAAGCUGUACGACAUCCCCACGCACGAUGCCGCCUGCGCAAUGCCAAUGAGGAGCAACUACUCAGCAAUCAUGAGCAGGUGUUGCUCCUCGGCUUCCAUCAUCGAGUACGACAGCUGCGAUUAUUACUGUCUGGCUCAAGGCCAGAGCGUUGGCGAUCUAGCCGAAUGCCUCAUCAAGGCAUCCGAGCCUGGUCAAGUUUGGUGCAACACCCAUGCCAAUGCCACCGCGACUGCAACUGCCACUGCUACAGGGACUGGAGUUGUCACCCUCAGUGCGAUGGGUACCGUUGCUGAUUCCACGUCUUCGGCCACUUCAAGCGGUGCCAUUGCGAGUUCGACUGCCAACGCUGCGGGGGUUUUUGUGCCUAGCUCUUUGUCCAAGUCUGCCAUUGGUAUGGUUGGUCUUUUGUUUGCCGGGUCGGUAAUGGGCCAUUUUAUUUAG